AUGAGACAGAACCUGGGCCGACCCACUCGCUCCAUCUAUCUCGUCCUGGCGUGUUUGUCCCUCACUCUCCAUCUCCUUGUGGCAUUUUUCUGUCUCUCUGUCCUCCAGACAGCCUGCGUCCUUCCCAGCUCUUCUUCAUCCUCUUCUUCAUCUAAUCCAAGAACUAAUACCCAGCAGCAUCAGUCUCUCUCCCAUGACUUGUCCUCACAUAAACUGCCAACGAGCUCUCAGAAUGAUGAGGGGCACAAACUGAAUCACGCUUUAGACCAGAAAGGGACAGACUCAGUCACUGAGAGGGAUAAGAAACAGAUUGGAGCUGGGAAAGUAAUUCCAAAGGUGGAGGGUCAUUCUGCACUGGAGGCCCUGUUCAAUCACCCGCUGUACAACCUGCCACAACCAGAGCUGCACCAAGACGACUGGCUACUGAGGGUGAAGACAACAGAAGAUGCAGGGGACAUAGGAAGUGAGGAAGACGAACAGGAAAAUGACAUUAACAGUGACAGUCAAUGGCAGAGUGCCAGUCAGGAGGAAGGCUACGACAGAGUCACUUGGACGAGCGACGCAGAGACUCACCCUCCCUGGCUACGGUUUCAUCUGGGAAUUUCUCGCUGGGAGCUGUACAACAGGAAGGAUCCCAACCUGGCUCAUCUGACUCACUAUUUGGCAAUGCAACGUAUCCUUGGCGCUGUUCAGAAGACAGGAGGCACCCAGCUCAAACUGCUCAUAUCGUUCCCAAACUACGGACAAGCUCUGCUCAAACCAAUGAAACAGUCCAGAGACACAGAGACGGACAUAAACCUCUUCUACUUCUCAGAUUUUGAAAGACACAACGCAGAGAUCGCUGCCUUCCACCUUGACAGGCUGCUGGGCUUCAACAGGAUUCCUCCAGUGGUCGGUCGAAUCAUCAAUGUGACCACAGAGAUCAGAGAGAUUACCACCGACCGCAAGCUGUCCAGGACCUUCUUCGCUUCCCCGGUAGGGAACGUGUGUUUCUAUGGCCAGUGUGAGUACUACUGUUCAACAGAGCACCCGGUGUGCGGUCAGCCUCAUGCACUGGAGGUGUCCCUGGCUGCGAUGCUGCCUGACCUCACCCUCGCUCCCCGCAGGUCCUGGAGGUCACCAUGGAGACGAUCGUACAGCCGCACCAAGCUGGCACAGUGGGUUCCACGUCUGUCUCAAUGA